GUAAUCAAAUCAACAUAGAGACAAUAAUUCUUAGGGUCAGUGAGGCGGCAAACAAUAUUCAGGCAUGUGUGGUCGUUGUCUGGAAACAUACGUUCAAAUAUGUAUGAUAAUGUUAUACAUAGCAUAAAAACAUGACUAAAACUUGUUUUUUUUUAUGAUUACAUUUCAUUCCUGGUAUAUUGUAUUGUUGGAGAGACUAGAUACUUAUUGUCUCUGACCUUUCAAUGUUUCAGUUCGAGUCAGUUUUUUUUUAGAAUUUUUUUUAGAAAUAGCCUGAUAUGAAAAGCUCCUUGUUUUGGGGGUCUGAUAGCUCACUAAUCCCCUCAUUGUGACUCUCACAUGAUGAAAAAAAUGUCAGGCCUCACAGCACUUUGAGGCUGAACACAGCAGGGUCUCUCAGUAUCAGCGCUCUGUUUUUUUUCCGCUGCAGCAAAUAUUCUCAUGUUUCAUUUCAACUUGAGCUACUCUGAGGAGCUAAAACCACAGGAUCGGUUGUCUCCAACUGGAUGACAAUAUGCGACGAUAUUUACCCGUAAAGAAGCUUGAGUGGCUCUGGUCCAGGAGAGACGAUGGGCAGAAUGAGUCCAGCCCACUUAUUCCAAAGUCAGGUGCUGCAAAAGUGGAGGAUGAGGAGCUCGGCCAUGUUGACAGUGAAUAUCAAACAGGGACGCCCAGCGAUCGGGAUCGCAACAGUCCUACAAGAAUCCGACCUCAUUACAGUUAUUCUUUGAUGGAUUAUUUCCUAAAAUACUUCCUGUUCCUGUGCAACCUGCUCUUCACAGUCUUGGGUCUGGUGGUUCUUGGUUUGGGGAUCUGGGGCCUCACCAGCAAAGAAUCGUUUGCCCAGGAGAAGAUCGGAGCUAUCGGCACGGAUCCAAUGCUGAUACUUUUGACCCUGGGCUUUCUGCUCACUCUGCUCUGUCUGACGGGGUGUGUUGGUGCUUUAAGAGAGAACAGCUGCUUGCUGAAGAUGUUCUCUGUUAUAGUGCUGGUGCUCAUCACGUUCGAGGUGCUGUUUGUAAUCGUGGCCUACACUGUGCAGGAUCAGAUCGAAGGAUAUCUGCGGUCAGGGAUGCUAGCCGCCAUGGCGGGCUAUCAAGACGAUCUGGACCUGAGGUUCAUCACAGAUGAGAUCCAGUUGGGUCUGCAGUGCUGCGGGGUCGACACCUACCGGGACUGGGAGGUGAACAUAUAUUACAACUGCUCAGCUCCGGGAGUUUUGGCGUGUGGCGUCCCUGCAACGUGCUGCGUGGACCCUUUGGAGAACGGGACGAUGUGGAACUCACAGUGCGGCGUGGGAGCACAGCUCCUGGACGAGUUUACGGCUCAGAGUGUGAUCUUUCUGGGGGGUUGUCUGGGCGGAAUCUCUCGUUGGAUCGAGCAGCAUGAGGGCCUGAUCGGGACAGUCGGGGUCGUCGUCGUUGGGGUUCAGAUUCUUGCCGUGCUCGUCGCAACAAGACUGUUGGAAAACAUUCACAGGCAUAAAGUUCACGCAUGACGUAAAUAUGGCAUGAAGUCAUCAGAGUCCUGGCUGUUUCUUUUUUCAGUUCUGGGCUCCAUAGUUAGACACGUUUUAUAUUCAGAUUGCAUAAACAGGGUUUAUAAGUUGGAAACGAAAUAGAAACACAUCUAAUGUACUGUAAAUACGUUCCUCUUCCUACAUAAAAGGAUGGUGAGUUACCGUGAGCAGUCACUAAAAAUUAGUGAUUAUUUGUUAUGGAAAGAUUUUUCACUUUUUUUCUUCUGACUCUUCAUCCAUACGGCAAAGUCAUUAACCUUCAUCAACCUUUGGCGCAUGAUCAGUUUUUUAUUAUUUUUAUGUAUUUAUUGUUUCACAAAAUAUAAACUCUGUCAGGAAGCAGUAUGAAUGGUAUUUUACAGCCAAAAAAUACACUAUAGCUUAUACUGAGGUCUGUGAUGGUGGGAUCUGGGCUUUAUGUUAACUAUUAGAGUUGUGAAGUUAUGCUUAAUGGCACAAGUUGUUUAAAUAAAUCCUGAGAUACUAAAUUAUUAAAUUAUAAACUGAUAAUUAAAUAGUAGUUAUUGGAUUUCAUGUUUUGUAAUAAAAAAAAAUAUUGUUUAAUGAUAAAUCCUGCUGUUUGGUAAUGAUAACAAAGCAAACUCUCUGAAUCAUGUUAAAAAGUCAAAGCUUUAUUUUGAGUAUAAAAACACAGUGCUGACCGAAUCUCCUGCUGGCCAGUAACUAAGCUAUCAGCUGCGUCUCCGUCUGCAGCCACAGGCAAUGACACAAGAACAGCAGUGGUGUUGUAGAGCGUGAAAAUGGCAGCUUGAGAGUCUCAGGAAAUACAUUUGUCAUA